AGACUUGUCACAUGGAUUCUUGUUUGUCUGUGCUUGGUGACUUGUAAUGCAAAUAUGGCUAGUGGUGUUGAGCAGAACAGGAAUGUGAGAAAAUAUCAUAAUAAUAUCAAAGCUGGGAGCACUUCAUCAUAUGUUCAGCCUGGCAUUAAUAAUUCUUUACAACCUCUGUUUGGACAUAAUAUUGGAUUAAUUACUAACCCGUCUGGACAAAAUUAUCAAUUAUCACAAUCAACAAUUGAUUUACUGAUGGAGUUGACAAAACAGGGCUAUUUGAAUUUGGUUGCACUUUUUGCUCCCGAACAUGGAAUUUAUGGUGACAAGCCUCCAGGGCAAUUCUUUAAUGAUUAUAUUGACCCAUACACUAAAUUACCUGUUUAUAGUUUAUAUAGUGAAACUAAUCCGACUCAUGAACCACUUCCUUACAUGUUGAAAAAUGUUACAAUGCUAGUUUCGGAUAUUCAAGAUGUUGGAAUGAGACCUUUCACGUUCAUUAGUACAAUGUGUGAAGGAUUAAUUGGAGCAAAGAAAAAUUCAAUCAAGUUCACAGUUUUGGAUAGAAUUAAUUAUUUGAAUGGAAACAUUAUAGCUGGUCCAAUUUUGAAUAUGAAAUACAAAAGUUUUAUUGGAAUUUAUAAAUUACCAAUUGUAACUGGUAUGACUAUGGGCGAAUUGGCUCUAUUGUUUGACAAGGAAAUGUAUAUUAAUUUAGACAAUGAUCUAACAAUUAUUCCAAUAGUAGAUGAUAGUUCUCAAACCUACGGGAAAUACAGACCUUCAUUCAGAGAAAUAAGACAAGUAUUCAGACAACCAAUAUUAUAUCUACCACCAAGUCCAAAUUUGCCAACAAUAGAAAGUGUAGAGUUGUACUCUGGAAUGGUCUUGUUUGAAAGUCUGUUCAACAUAUCUAUUGGAAGAGGAACAACAAAUCCAUUCCAAGUCAUUGGUUCUCCAUUCAUUGAUUCAAGAAAAUGGAUGAGCUUUUUGCAACAAGAAUUUGCUACAGAACUAUCUCUCUAUUUCAAAUACGUUCAGCUUUCAUAUCCCACUUAUUUUAUUCCAUCUCUUGAUAUCCACCAGAAUGCUCCAUGUGAGGGAAUUCGUUUAGUGUUAAAACCACUCGAUUACAACAAUAUUACAAACAUUGAAGAGUACUAUAGAAGCUUUUUACCCCUCUCUCUUACCCUCAUGAAAUCUUUACUCAAACUUUACGGAAAGGAAUUGCUAAUUUGGAGAACUGAUUUUGCUCAUAUUCUCAUUGGAUCUGAAGAAACAAUAUCACAAAUAUUGGACAAUUCUGUGACAGUGGGAGAGAUUGUCAAUUCAUGGAAUAAGGAUCUUGUCAAGUUCGACAAGAAUGUCAGGCAAAAGUAUUUAAUUUACAAAUGAAGUUAAUGACAGAACAACAGAAACCACCACCUCACAAUAUUCGAUCGUUCAUCAAAUCCAAAUAAAACAAUAUUCAAAUUUUUUUCCUUU